GCGUACAGGGCCAGACCCCUCUCUGUCCUCAUCGGUUCCACAGGACUCCCGACACUCCCUUCUCUCCUCCGCACUGUUGGGGGGGGGGCAGGCGUGAUGGACACAGUGUGAGCCUAAGAGAUGAAGGUAUUAAGCCUCUUCAUGUGUUAAGAAUGGGUCAUGUUCCCUAACAGAAGUGAUCAGUCUACUUCACAAUCCUGAUGAUCCUGUUUAGGGAGGAUUGGAGAGAGCACAGGAGGGACUCAGAGAUGACAGCAGCAACACGACAAGAAGUUCUCAACCUGUACCGAAGGAUUUUCAGGCUUGCAAGGAGGUGGCAUGCAGCAUCAGGGCAGAUGGAAGACACCAUCAGAGAAAAGCAGUACAUUAUAAAUGAAGCCAGAAUGUUGUUCCAGAAAAACAAAAAUCUUACGGAUUCAGAACUAAUUAAACAAUGCAUAGAUGAAUGCACAGCAAGAAUUGAAAUUGGAUUGCAUUAUCAGAUCCCAUAUCCAAGGCCAAUUCACCUUCCUCCAAUGGCCCUCACUCCCCUACAGAGUCGUGGACUUCAAACCCAGGAGAAGCUAAGAAAGUUUUCCAAACCACUGUAUCUCAAGUCUCACAAUGAAGUUUCUUAAUCUAAGAAAUAGGUUCUCUGUAUCAACUGUGAACCAGGCAGGAACUGAGCACAAACUAGAUGAUGAAUCUUUUCUACUUAAGUCCAGUUAAAUAAAGGAAGGACAAAAAAUAUAGAGUCUUUGCUGUAAUUUCUUUUAAGCACUCAAAAAUUUGAUUCUUUAUUCUCAGUAACACUAAUUUAAUGUCCUUGAAUUUAUCAGUAUCAGUGUGUUGCUACUAGAUAGAAAUAUGCUCCCAAAGAUCAUUUCUAAUCAUGAUCUUAGUAACAUUAGAUCAAAGUCUGAACAUAGCAAGAAUCAGGCUUAAAUUUAAAUUUUAAAAAUAAUUUUUUUUUUGUGGAAAUAAUGUAGCUAUAUACACAGAGGAAGCUGCAGAGUAGAGAUAUGGCAGUACCUGUUAGCAGCUUUCUUGGAAGUUCUAAAAAUUACUAUGGCAAUCAGAUACUAGCCUCAGACUUGUAAAUCUCUGUGGACUUUAUUUUGUUUUGUAUUUAAGUUAUGGAUAUAUUUAAAAUAAGCCCUUUUAUGUUUUAGUUGUUCUACUGAUAUCUUUUUUUGGCUCAAUUUACUCAAAGAUAUACUUUUCAUUAAUAUUCAAGUAUUAAUAUUCAAGUUUCUCCUUUACCACACUAGCAGAGUUCAUCAUAUCAUAUCCCAUCAUCCCAUCCCCUUAACCUAGUGGAAAAUAUCAUAGUAUCUCAGGGAAAUUUUGGGGAGGAGGGAAAUUUUUCUAAAUUUUCAAGAAUUGGUGUAUGUAAUUCUGUCCAUUAAAUGCAUACUCUAUACAAACAAAUUCUAAAACAUGUGAGUUAUAAUUCUGGCCUCAAAGCCUCACUGCAAACAUACUACAAUAGAUAAAAAUAAUCACUAUUUCUAAUUGACCAAAUUGGAAUCUCACAAGCAGAAGAAUAUGUGGAAUAAAUUACAAGGCUAGGCUGAAUUGAAAUUAUGUACAAAUAGGAAAAGGAAAAUCUAGAUCAAAAGGAGAAAGGACUGUGCCUUUGUGAUAAACCAAGUCACUGUACAUGAGUCAGUGUUCUGUAUUCAAAGAUGAUGAAAAUCUUCAAUAAAAAUUGUUUAUGUUUGUCUUUA